UCAUUCAUUACAGGUGUUUAAAUAGAAUGUUUUCUGGGCCAAAACACCUUAAUGCAGUACGUCUGUUAGCGUUCGUAUUUUGGUUAUCUGCUGUAGCGUGUGGCAAAAAACAACGCGGGCAGCGUCCACACGUCGUUUUUGUGUUAGCCGACGAUUUUGGCUUCAAUGAUAUUGGUUACCAUGCAAGAGAACACUACUCUGAUAUGUACACACCAUUUUUGGACAGUUUAGCAGCAAAAGGGGUAAUAUUGGAGAAUUAUUAUGUUCAACCAAUAUGUUCACCUACAAGAGGUCAACUACUUACUGGACGCUAUCAGAUCCAUACUGGACUAGCACAUGGUAUAAUCAGAGCAGCCCAGCCUUAUGGUUUGCCACUUGACAACAUUCUACUAUCUCAACAACUGCGACAGUGUGGUUACAAAACUAACAUGGUGGGCAAGUGGCAUUUAGGAUUCUUUCGUGAGGAAUACUUGCCUUGGAACAGAGGAUUCCAAAACUUUUUCGGCUUCUUAAAUGGUGGCGUGAACCACUUUACUCGUUAUCACUGUGAACCCAAGAAAACUCGACGUUUUUGUGGCUAUGACAUGAUUGACUCAAGGUACGGCCCCACCAAUGCAACUUAUGGCGAAUAUUCAACCAACUUAUUCAUAAGGAAGUCCAAAGAAAUGAUUGACAAGCAUAAUAAACAAAAGCCAAUGUUUUUAUACCUGUCCCUACAAGCAGUGCAUGGACCACUGCAGGUUCCAAACCAGUAUCUGAAGAGGUUUAAACACAUACGUGAUAAAAAUCGGCGAAUAUAUGCGGGCAUGGUGUAUGCUAUGGAUAGAGGAAUCAGGCAGUUGGUGAAACAUCUGAAACGAGCCCGAAUGUGGAAAAAUACAAUCUUUAUUUUUUCUACAGACAAUGGGGGUCAAACAACGAGAGGAGGAAACAAUUGGCCCCUACGUGGGAAGAAGGGAACUUUAUGGGAGGGUGGUAUACGUGGGGUGGGGUUCGUACACGGGAAACCUCUCCAAGUAACAACACCCAGAGUUAAUAAGGAGUUACUCCAUGUUUCUGAUUGGUACCCAACAAUUAUGUCAGCUACACAUUGUCCUUAUGUAGUGGGCACGCCACCGAUAGAUGGUUAUGAUCAAUGGGAAACUUUAAGGUCAAACAAGACAUCUAAACGCACAGAGAUUCUACAUAACAUUGACCCACUACAUAAGAAACUAACUGAAAGUGAAUUCAGAGAAGGGUUUGAUGUUUCUGUACGUGCUGCUAUAAGAUCUGGGGAUUGGAAAUUACUCACAGGAUAUGCAGGUAUGAAUGAAUGGGUGGUUCCACCUGAAUGCACACAUGGAAAUAUAACAAUUGGUCAAAUACGAGAUGACUUCCAUGUAUAUCCGAAUUCAACCAAGAAUGUUCGGUUGUUUAAAAUAACCGAAGACCCACAUGAAGAAAGAGAAGUUUCAGAUCAAUACCCAGAAGUUGUUAACUUGCUGCUAGCAAGACUGAAGGAAUACAACACUUCCUCACUGCCAGUUGAUUACCCCCACAACGAUAAAAAGUCCGACCCGAAACGCCAUGGUGGGUUCUGGUUACCAUGGCGAGGGGUGGGGAGAAAAUACAAGAGAAAAAAAUUCCGUCCGCACAGAGCAAGAAAGCCAAAGUUGUUCAGACGGAAAAUGAAGUUCAAAAAGCUGCAGAAACUCAACCAGGUAUGGUUGCAGUGAUGAACUGACUUAAUUGUCUAAUAAUUGCCGAGUAUUUUCGCUUACGGUGCUUAUUCUUCCAGUAUUAGUUAAGGAGCUUUUAAAAUUACCUACUUUCUUCCAUUUACCUUUUAACCUGUGCAUUAGUUUUACUGUAUUUCUCUUAUCCAGUUAUAUAAAACAAAUCAGCAUCAUUUUCCACUGCUGUGCUUUAUUCUUUCCAGCCUGUAUGUGUCUAACACAAUCUUUCCAUCAGAUACGCAUUACACCAUUACUGUAUUAUCAUUUUACAAAACGCAUUUUAGUAAAUUAGCUCUUUGCUGCUGCUUUUACCAUUUGUUUUAUUUAAUUUUAACCGUAACUUUUAGGCGUCUUGUAGAAUAUUUAUAAAAUUUAACUCUAUGAAACAUUAUUUGUAAAAUUACUAAUGCUUUAAGUUAUACACAGUCUUAUGACGUAACAAUAAAUGGAUCAUUUCGCUUUAGCAAGCA